AAACGUUGCGGACGGACACGAUGUGUUCACUUUGCUUUCCUGGAUGAGCUUAAUUUCGGCGGAGCAAAACAGUCGCCGUUAAAAAUCUGACCGUGUAAGGGAGAGAACCGGAACGGCGCGUGCUGGUUCAGGUGAGGCGAAGUGAUGUCCGGCUGGCUGCUCGAGGGGGAGGUGCUGGUGGGGGAGGGCAGGGGUGAGAUGUCACCCUGCAGCCCCAGGAUGAGAGGCACCAUGAGCCCCAGAUUCAGUCAAGGUCGGGGGAGGACAACACCCCAAAGCCCUGCGGAGGUCGCCAGGGAGCCGGACACACCGCAGCGGGACAUAGUGGGGAAGGCGAUGGAACUCUUUCUCCUUUGCGAUAAGGAGGGCAAGGGGUUCAUCACCAAGAGGGACAUGCAGCGCCUGCAGGGUGAGCUGCCCCUAACUCCAGACCAGUUGGAGUCUGUGUUUGAGAGUCUGGACCAGGAGAGGAAUGGCUUCCUGACCCCUGUGGAAUUCAGGAAGGGUUUAGGUGAGCUGGUGUGGGAAAAUGAUUCCGACUCAGGAAAGGAGGUGAGACAUGAGGGAGUAGACAAGCCGGACCCAGAUGAGAAGUUCCUGCAGAUCCUGGUGGAGCUCGGAGCCGAUGCAGUACUGAAAGACCAGUGGGAGAUUCACACCCUGUGGUGUGGUUUGCGACGUGACCAUCCUGAACUGCUCUGUCUGCUGGAGGAGCUCCUGUCCCAUGCUGGGUCCCAACUGCGGGAUGCCCUGAAGGAGAGAGAGAGCCUAGAACAGGCACUGCACAGGCGUGAGAUGGACCAUGAUCAAGUGGUGCGCUCCAUGUACGAAGAGAUGGAGACUCAGGUUAGGGAGGCGAAAGAGUUGCGGCUCUCUCAGAACAGCGCAAAAGAGAGCGACCGGUGCCAGCAGCUUCAGGAGGAGCUAAGGAUACGGGAGCAGGAGCUGGAGAACGCCGUGGCUAAAAGGAAAGAGCUGGAGGCCAUGGUCUGCACGUUGACCGCCGAGCAGGUGGAAACAAGGGGGCACAUUCAGAAGCUCCAGAACCUCAACUUGCAGCUGCAGGAGCAGAUGGAGGCCUGCAGGGCAGAGCUGGACAGUGCACUGGGAGAGCUGCACCAUCUCCAGAGCAGCUCAGCCUGUGAGCAGCAAAGCCGUGAGAGGGAUGUGCUAAAGGUUUCCAAGAACAUGCAGAAAGAGAAGGAAAGCCUGAUGAGGCAGCUCGAACUGCUUCGGGAAAUGAACAAAAGACUACGUGAUGAGAAGGAUGUCCAUCAGUCCCAGAAGAGAGUCAGUUACCGGCCCCCGGUCCUCAGUGUGCCCCAACUCCCACAAUGCAGUUGGGAAAAUACUCAUUCUCUCUGGUUGCACCCCUUCCCUCCAUAUUGGGUACAGCCACCCUUUGACUAGAGUACCAUGUUUUCUCUGGCUGUACACUGGUCCCACCAACUCCGGACUGGAACAGAAGGGAGCCGGAGCAUAAACAGUCAAACAGCAUAAGAAACUUUUGUAAAGCAGAACGUAAAUCGUAACGUAACCCUAAUGCAAGGACCAAAAAUAAAGACGUUUUGACUUUAUACAGAUUUCUUAGUGUUGUUGCCUUUUGCCAAGAAGGCAGCUAAGCGGUUGAAUGGUCUUGUAAGGUUGAUUGGUUCAGUUUGUUACUCUACUAAACUUGAGUUUUCUCCUGUAACUGAUGUUUUGGAAAGUCAGUGCUGCAGCCAGACUAGUACUCUUGUGUGUAACUUUUGGUUCAUGUUAUAGUGUUGGUGGUCUGGGACAAGAGAAGAGACUUUGAGUCUUGUGGAUAUAGAUGGGAACAAUUCUUCUUAUGGUUGGACCAAGUUUCUGUGUAGUCUGUUUAACUAUGUAAGUUAAUGGAUCCCUGCCCUUAACUGGUCAAUCAACUGGUCUGUGAAGUCAGGAAUGUCACAAAAUAAGGGUAAUUUAUUUCUUCUAGUUCUGUUACUUUAUUUUGUAGAGUGAGACUUUGGGGUCAUUUGUAUAUUUGGCCUGUUACAUGACUUGUUGGAAAGCAACUGGAUGGGACUAGUAGUGUAGUAUUCUAUGCUAAUGGGAUCGACUACUGAGAUUUGGGGGUUUUUUUUUUCUAUUAACUCAGUUUUUUCCCCCCGUACAUAACCCAUUAUGUGCUGAUACUGUUGUGAGCAUUCCUGAUCAUCCCGUAUAUAUGAAGGAUUAAAGCUGUGACAGGUAUCCCACUUUUCUCUUCUUGUGUUUCCACCACUGUGGAGAUAAUGAGCAAUUACCUCCAAUACAUUUGGAGUAGGUUGAUUUCUAUAAACUUAAGGAACUGCACUUUCAUGCUGUAGCCAUUUAAGUUUAAACUAUUAAUCUGAUCUCAGUGCUCGUUCUAGAGAUGCAAUAUGUGUGCUCAUUUUUGUUUCAGCGAAACUUGUUUCAUUUAUUGGCAUUUUUAAUGUUAACUCAGAUUUCUUGGAGGUGUUUGUAUAUUGAAAAACGUACUAGUUAAUUUUUUCUGCGGUUUUA